GCGAGUGCAUGAAACAUAAGUUGUGUUUGAAGACAGAUAGUUAUCGGUAAUGCACUUCAUAUGAAAUUUCAUAACGCUUCAUGAACAGCAUAAUGUGAAACUGUAUUGACAUUUUUUUUGUAGGAUGGUUAAAUACUUUUGAAUGUGUCGAAAACUAUCAAUACAUUGUAAUGGAUUAAGCUUUUAUUGGGUAUGGAUUUGAUUAUCGCCUGGACAGAAGCUUCAGAGAACUAAGAAGAUAUGGAUGAACUAUAACUGUUUCCUAUAGGAAUAUUUCAACAUGAGUGCCAUGUAUACAGUAAGAAUCUGGCUAGCAUAUACUGUGUCAUGCUCUGCUGUGUUUGGUUUCUUCUUCGAAGAUCCAGCAAAUUUACACAAAGGCACUCUUGUCCCGAUAGAUCCCGAUGUUUGCACCUCACAGAAUAUCACGUUUACAUGUACGCUUCUUAGUACUCCAAAUCCUAGCAACUCCAUUGGCUUCGCUGUGAAAAAUGAAAGCACAAAUAAGGAGUUUCUACCUGUGGACGAGGGAAGAAUAACUGUGAUAAAUGAGACCUCAUCGGAAUUUACGAUUUACGACAUCAAUACCACAAAAUACAUUUUUGUUGAAUGUUUCUACUGGGAAACUUUCGGCGUUGUUAAUGAUACGUCCCUGCAGCUCGGUGAUACAUCAACAGCAUCUGUUUACCCUAUGCCUGAAAAGGUGGAACAUGUGGAUUGCAUUGUGGAAAACUACAUCAAGUCAAUGAGGUGUUCUUGGAGUUACGGGGACAACUAUAAAGGAGGCAAGUCACCAGAUGUAGAAUUUCAUUGGAGAAUUUCAGAAUUCUCUGGGUCAUGGAACGUAUGUAGAGAUCUGAACGUUGAAGCAGGCUACUGUAACUGGAACAGCUCACAUAGUGGAGAUUUUACAAUGAAAAAAUCAUUUGAAAUAAAGCUUACGCUUAAAGAGCCAUGUGGAGUGACUGUGUCCUCAAACUUCACCAUAGACACAAGAAAGAUAGGUUUGUAAAUUCAGGGUGUUGUUGAUCUACUGCUUAAAUAGUCUUUUUAAGUUUAUAUUCAAGAAUGUGACUUUUGCAAGACUAGUAGAGGUGUCAUGUUAAAGCUAAGGAAAAAAUGCAUACUCCAUAUCAGCUGUAAUAAAUAUUUGUAAAUUUAUCAACGAGUCAUAUAAAUUAAGGGCAGAAACGUUAUAGUUAAUUUCUUUCAUUAUACAUAUAAUUGUAAUGUUUACUCAUGUGCAUGUAGAUCUAGUUAUUUAUUAUAGUUAUAUCUGUCCAUUAGCCAAAGACAUGUUAUGUCGAUAUUGCUAAUAAAGUUUGUUGUUGU